AUGAUCAUCGAAGUGAAUAGUAAGGUUGCCUCUCGACUUAGUCAAGAAAGAACGGAAAAUUUGACUAGUCGUGAUACGGACGACGACAAAUGCUCUCUGUUAUCCGGAACUAGUACAUCUCUUCAGGACAGCACCGGAAGUACACUUACUGGCUCGAUUAGAGCUAACUACGAACGUAAUCUCGAGGAUCGUGUAUUGUAUGGACAGAGCGGGGGGCGCAAGUUUAGCUAUAAGAAAAGAAAGACUUGCAGCGGAAAUGGAAUAUUUAAUGCUCCUCCAGGCGUCAGCCCCCAUCACGUUAAAUCAUCAAUUAUUCGUCGCAAUACAAAUGGAUCACGAUUAAUUUUCGUGUGGCCACAAAAACCACCCAGAAGUAGAUUGUUAAGAAUCUUAGCUCCUCUAAUGCACGGCAUUCUCGUUGGAUUUUUAUUCAUGGAUGCUGUUCAUCUUUGGCCAGGAGAAUUUUUACCCACGUCGUUGCCUUCUAUAAUGCCCGUUCCUUUACCACCUGUAAAAUGUAACGUGAUUGAACCACGUUGGUUUGAUAAUAGUUGA